UUUAAAAAGAAUGAUAGGAGAAGAGGAGUCAUUGAAGGCCUCGAAAAGCUGCAGUACAGGCCAAUCCUCGUCUAGGAGUGGUCUACUGACUAUGGAUCAGAAGCAUAGCAGCUCUGACAUAUUCAUAUCUAUCAGUGGCUUGAUAGGAGCAGGGAAAUCAACACUUGCUACUAAACUGGCUGAAAAAAUGGGGCUGCCUUGCUUCUACGAGCCUGUCAUGGAUAACGAGUAUUUGGCUGAUUUCUACAAAGACCCAGCCAGAUAUAGCUUCCCUUUACAAAUUUAUCUGUUGAAUCGUCGCUUCCAGCAGCACCAGUCUAUAAUCUGGCAGGGACAAGGAGGAGUCCAGGACAGGACAAUAUACGAAGACUCUGUCUUUGCACGAGUUUUGAUGGAGUCUAAUUUAAUGGAGGAAAGGGAAUAUCGCACUUACCUGUCACUUUUCAGCAACAUGUCGAAUUUUAUGAAGAAGCCAAACCUUAUUGUUCAUUUGGAUGUUUCUCCUGAGGAGAGUCUGAGGCGUAUAAAGAAUCGAAGUCGUGACUGCGAAUCCUCAAUUACUUUGGAAUACCUACAGAACCUUCACAAAGCCUAUGAGGUCUUUAUUGCUGAUAUCGCUCGCAUUAUCCCAGUCAUAAGAGUUAAUUACGAGCGCUUUAGAACCACUGAAGAAAUGGCUGAUAUGAUAGUUAGAGAGUAUUCCAAAAUGUGUUCCAUUCGUUAUGUGGAUUUUAAAGAUAAGACCCCAGAUCCUGAGAAGAGGGUUUUAAAAGAUGCCAAACCUCUCCGUAAUGUGUCAAACGACAUUGAGAACACACCAGUGAAUUAAUAGUGGACAUUUUUGAAACUCAUUAGGAUUAAAUAUAUUUUAGAAAUACAUGAGUUUAGCAUUUUACUUCAAAAAAGUUUAUAUAAAUGUA